UUUAAUGUAUGCAGUUUUGAAAUAUACACGUGUAUAUAAACAAGCACAGAUACAUUCUUUUAUUCAUACGAACGUAACUGAGAUGAAAUAUGUAACAAAUAAAAGUGACAUGUAUAUAAAGGUUUGUAAACCAGUUCAUUUGCAAUACACACACAUAUAUAUAUGGGGGGGGGGGGUGUUAUAAACUUGUAUAUACACAAAACCGUGCAUUCAUUCAUUCAUAUAUUCACUCACUCAUGUACCAUUCGUGGAUUGUCUGAAAGAAAGAGAGAGGGAAGAGAGACAAGUGCGUCUUGCUGCUGCUACUGCAUCACUUUUGUUAGACACGGAAAGACAUGGCGACUGGCAAGACAAACAAAAUACUGCCAGUUGGUUCAGACAGCCAUUCGACUACUGUUGUCGACAUGGACCUCUGCCCAAUCUGUCUAGACGAAUUCAGAGACCCCCGUGUAUUACCUUGCCAGCAUUCAUUUUGUAUGCAGUGCCUACAAAACCACGUUGACAGUCACAAAAGUGACAUCUUCCGCAAGGGAGUAUUUCACUGCCCCUCAUGCAGGGCUCUCACUUACCCUACUUACAAAUUUAAACCGGUUUCAGAAUGGGGUCGUGCAUUUCCACAGAACCAUCACUUGAUAAAUUUACUUUCACUUACAAAAGCAACUGAAGGCUGUAUCUUUUGUGAGCCUUGUCUGAAGCAGAAAAGACGACGACUGGCUAAUUUCUGGUGUAAGCCUUGUUGUGAAGGGCUGUGUUCAAACUGUUCCAACAAGCAUGCUUCAAAGAAAGAUCCUGUGUCUAUGGAACAUCAAGUUUUAACUUUGAGUUCUGCACUUUCUCAAAUCCCAUCUGGACCAAGUUGUCCUCUCCAUAGUUCCAAAGAAAUGGAACUCUUUUGUACAAAGUGUGAGCAAAUGAUAUGUUGCUUAUGCUUUUUCGAUAUGCACCGUAAAUGUGACAGCUAUGUUCAUUCCUUACUAACCGUAUAUCCAGACAAACGAGGGGCUGCAGAAACAAGCCGUUUAAACCUUGCUGCUAAAAAGAAACAAGCUGAAGAAUUAGUUAAAGAAGUGCUAAAAGAGAAAGAAAAAGUAACUGUUAGCAUGCAGGAAAUAAAAAGAGAAAUUUACAGCAUUCGUCUGAAGAUUGAGAAAGUUCUAAAAGAGAAGGAAAAUGAGAUCUUUUAUGAUCUUAUUCAGUUGCAUGAUGAUCAGCAGAAUUAUUUGGAUGGUCUCCUUGGUCAAGCACGUGAUAUGGUUGAUUCAGUUUCUCGACAUCUUGCCACCCUUGACUGUGCCUUGGAGUCAUCUUGCUCUCAAUUUAUGAACAUUUACCAGAACAUGAGUCCUGAUUAUACACUUCAACUUCCACAACCAAAACGAUUACACCAUGGCCUCAGAUUUUCUCCAAACCAGAAAUACUUUAAUCUGUUUCGAGAGUUUGAAAUACACAAGUUUGGAGAAGUCUCUUUAACAUAUGAAAACAAGUUGGAAAGUGCUACUGAUUAUACAAACGUUUCUCCCAAUAUUUUCCUUGAGGCAGAUGGUGUAGAAAGCAGUUAUGAAGUUAUACAACAAAUAAAAGACAAUCAUACAAAAAGAUAUGAACAUUUAGAAAAUUUUCUUAGACCACUUGAACCUGUUAAACUGAAUCAAUUUCCAGCAACUCUAGCAGAUGAAACUGAUUACAGAUGUUUUGGACAAAUAGUCAGUCUGCCAAAUGGUCGGCUAAUAGUCACAGACAGUGUAAAUCAUACAAUAAAGCAAUUUAAUCGAGAAGGCCAUCUUGUUGGCUGUUUAAAAACUGUAAGUCAACCAUUUGGUAUUUGUGUUUGGUCCAAUAGUGAAGUGGCUAUUACUUUUCCAUACUCAUCUGAAAUUCGCCUUGUUCAACAUGUCAACAUGGUACUUCCAUGGUCUUGGCGUCCCUUAAAGACAGUCUAUAAGUACCGAGGAGUGGCAGCCACUAAAGACAAGAGACUUGUAUGCAGUUCAUUUGAUUCCCUUUCAGCAGAUAUACUUACUGUUCAUUCUGAUCAUACUGAUGUUGUACAACAUAUUGAAAUGGCUUUUCUCUAUCCUGAAGUAAUUUCAUCUGUUGGAUGUCUAACCAUUACUAUGGAAGAUGAUAUUUUAAUUGUUGAUCAAGAUAGCAACUGUUUGGUGUGUAUAGAUUUAAAAGGGAGGUUAAAAUUUGUUUUCCGUGGCAGCAGCAGCCAUUGUAAUAUCUGUAUGUGUGGUGUUUUUGGUAUUUCAGCUAACAAUAAGUACAUAUAUUUGGCAGACACUUGGAAAUCUAGAGUAAUUCGGCUCUUCAAAGAUGGCCAGUUUGAUAAAGUGCUUUUUAGUCUCGAGAAAUUUAUUUUACGCCCACAAUCAGUAGAUGUGACUUCAGAUGGGAAGCUCUUGGUACUUGAGCGUAGUCCUAUGUUUUUUGUUCACGUAUUUGAUUCUGUGUUAUAAUAGAGAGAGCAAACUUAGUGAUAAGUGUUUUUUUGUAUAUAUAACUGUUAUGGAACUGAGAAUUUUGUUGCAGUCUUUUUUUUUUUUUUUUUUAUGAAUUCUAGAAUUUUAGUUCCAAUGUUUAUUUUUAAUUCAUUAUUUCAAGUGAUUACCAAUAUCUUGGAAUAUUUUGCCAAAUAAUAUAGAGAAAAUAUAUUAUAAUGAAAAAGUACUUCCAGAUACUGACAGAAAACAUUUUUUAAAAACAUUUUCAUCUUUGUGUGUGUGUGUGUCUAAACAAAUUCGAUCUCAUCUUCAAAAUAUGCACAUAGUUUAGCAAACUAUGAUACUUGAUCACAAAACAAACUGUUCAAAAUGUUGUUUGUGGAUGAGAUAAAGAAGAUGAGGUUAAGACUGAAAAUUUGUUGUCACUACAACCACCUAUUCUACUACUAAUAAUAAUAAUAAUAAAUUCAUCAAAAAAAAUGUAGGCAUUUAGUUUCAGUUAUGUUCUCAUCCUCAAUUCUAUAAAACACAAAACACCCACCAGCAAUUUACAGUACUAACUGCUGUAGCAAAAUCUGCUAAAAGAAAAAAAAUCCUAAAAUAAAACACCUCUGUGAUAUAUCAGUACUACCCAGGAUGGUUUAUCAGUUCAGUUGUAAAAUUUGCAAAAUAUAAAUUAUUUUCUGCUAAUGAAACCUAUUUACAAACGAAAAUGUUAUGUGAUAUAAUUCAAAUGCAGCUGUUAUUUCUUGUGGCCAGCCUGGAAUACUGACCAGUCCAGGAAAAAGCUUGGACAUUUCUUCCAACGUUUUAAUCCUGCUUACUCGAUCUUAAAGUCAAUAUUAUUAUUUUAUUUCUAUUUAAAGAUAUUAAAAGGAAAAAAACAAACAAACAAAUAUAUUAACAAUCCCAUUAGAAUCAAAAGUUGAAUGCUAAUCUAAUAUUCAUUCCAUUUUUUUUUUGCAUACUUAAGAGUUCAAAGAAAUAGAUACUAAUUCUUGGUUUACUGUUAAAUAUAAUGGACAAUAUCUAGAAAGUGAAAAUGCAGGACUAUUGACUAUAUAUAUUUGGUUAGAAGUGUUGUGUCCAUGCAUAAGACAUACAGCUCUGCUGGUCUCACAGCAGGUCCCAAUGCUCCUCCACUGUUGCUAGCUAUGAAGAGGAUUGCUCCCAAAAUAGGCAUAUAUUUUAUUCACACCUGUAAAUAUCAAUGAUUGCAUGAUCAAACACUAUUCAUUGCAUUGCCAACAGAUGGAAUUCCCAUAUUUUUCGUCCUUUUCUUUCUUUUUUCCUCUUUAAUAAGCUUUAAACAAGAUGUAUAUCAACACCUCUUAUUCUUUACACAGUUAAGGACUGGACAAAACAAAAAUCUGUUUUCUAUCUAUAUGAUGCUUUCUUGCCAUAAACAUUUCUAUCUAUAUAGGACAUGGAUUACAACACUCUUAAAACUAAUACUUCCAGAUCAGACAAAUUUAAAUAAGUUAUACUUGAACAGUCAGGAAUAAUUUCAAUUCAAUAUUACCAAAGCGAGGGUGGCAGCAAGUUGGCAGAAAUACUUGAGGCAUCAGAUUAAAAUGCCUACCAGUUUUUAGUCUUGUCACCUUACAAUAUGAUUUCAAAUUCUACAGGUGUCACCUUUGGUUGAUCUAUCUGACUUUGCUCCUUAACUGUGAAAAAUUAUCCUGUGCCUAGUCAAAAAGUAAUUAGUAAUAUACAUAGUAUCUAUGCAUUCUGAAGUGUUGUGUGUAUGCAUGAAUGGGGAAGGAGUCUUAUGUCUACAAGAAAAACUUCAUCCUUUUGGAACUAGGUUAAUUUAUUAUGGGGACUGUAUAUAAUUAUGAGACACACUUUACAAAAGAGUAUAAAAAGCAAUUCUUCAAAAUGAAAUGGCUGUGAGAUGAAAUAAAACAUAAAUGGAAUGCAAAAUAAACAAAAAACUAUACUUCUCAAAGAAAGCAGUGUAUCAUCAUAAGGCUAGGGGCUUUUACAACUAUAUGAUCUUAACAAUAUUAGUGAGAUAUGGUAAGUUUUGGAAAGACAUUUAAAAAUUCAUUUUAAUAGAAGACAUAUUGCUCAUAAUUGUAUUAUUAUAUGCUGGAUUUUUGAGACAUUAUUCAUUCUCAAAUAGGAAUGAUCAUUAUUAACUUGGUAUCGAAAACUUUUUCUGUUUGUAAUGAAUAUACCACAUCUUCCAAGCUUGAACACAAAGAAGGCAAUAAGUAAGGCAAGUAUUUAAAACACAGCAACAAUUCUAAUCUGCCAGAAACAAAACUCCAUCAUGUCCUCAUCAGCAUAUAGACUUCACUCAUCUUAAAUCAAGAGGCAGAGGUAACAUAAUAGGGUUUCAAAUGAGAUUACCACCUUCUAACAGGUGUCGAAAUAAAUCAGGUUUUUCAUAAGCUUUUUUUUUUAGCAGAAGAGAUAAUGAAUUAACUUUCCAGUUAGCUAAUUGUAACUGUUAUUAUAUUUCUUUGUUAGUGAAUGACUGGAAGACUCCCUUGAAAAAGUAACAGGGUGGCAAAAAUUGUAUUUAAAAUGUUAAAAAUAUAUAUCAUGCAUUAGUGUGAUAAAUUAUCUAUUGUUUGACUGUACUAAAAAUCAGAAGUAUUCCUGAACAGGUAAUCAGAUGUUUUGGAGGUUGAAAGUUUAUAUAUAAAUAUAUAUAUAGUGUGUGUGUAACUUCAGAGGCCUCUCAGAGAGAGAUGCAGAAAAGUAAUUAUCUUUCUCAGACUAGAGACCUGGUCUGAAUGCUUGCAAUAGAGUGAACUCCUCUAAAAAUACCCAAGAGUAAACGGAUGGUGUUAGACCAGAUGACAUGUAGAGUAUACUAUCAAACAAAAUGGAGUAAGUGAAAUAAGUGCAAUUGGAAUCAGAUCGAAUUGCAGACUCCAUUCAGAGGGAUCAUACCACCUGAUGUUAUAUUUAGUAUGUCAGACUUUACAGUAUUAUUUAGAUUCAUCUGUUUACAUUCUGAGUUCAAAUUCUACUCUGUAUGUAUUCCUGCCUGUCAAAGUGGAAAAGAACAAACACUAGGCUACAGUCCUCCCCUACAAGUUUGAGGCCUUGUGUCAAUGUAUGAAAUCUUUGUAGCCUGUGGUUGUUGACAGCUAUUUUUUCCUUUUGUUUAUUUUUAAAAGGACGUUUAGCAUGAGAUCAGUCACAAAGAUUUGACUGCUGAAUACCUGAUAAUAAUGAUUACAUGAUUUGAAUAAUUGAUAUUAAGGUUGCUGGUGUUGUGGAGAUGGUGUUAUGUUCAACAAAGAAUGCCAGUGGGUUUGCCUUGCUUGUAUUUUUCCAAACAACUGUGGUACAAAAAAUCUUCACUUUACCUUAAACAGCAAUUCUUAUGGGAAUACUAUUUUAAUUGUCAUGGUUCUAUAAAAUUAGAUAUUGCUAAGACCAUAUAGAAAGGUCCAUGUUAUAGUCAGAUAUUUUACUUUAUUUGACUAUACAGUUCAUUAGAUCUUUUAAUGUACAAGAAGAAACAAAGUCACUGCAAUAUAUUCUAGAGGAAACAGUUUCAAAUGCUUUUGCAUAAUAAAAUUAUUUUAAACUUGAAA